AUGGCUUCGAAAAGAAAACGUGUUGUGCUAUCGUUAGCGGACAAACUGAAAAUUAUAGAGCAACUCGAUAAAGGUGUAACGGGUAAGAAGUUGUCUGAGAUUUAUGGUGUUGGACAAGCAACAAUUUCUGACAUUAAAAACAGUAAGUCAACACUUUUAAACUUUGUUUCGGUGCUUGAAAAUGGAGAUGGAAGUUCCUCCAGGAAAACAAUGAAGACAGCAACCAACAAAAAUUUGGAAGAUGCUGUGUUUAAAUGGUUUUUGCAGCAACGUUCUAUGGGAAAUCCGAUUUCAGGUCCAAUCCUUUGUGAAAAAGCCAAAAUCUUAGCGGAAAAGCUUGGUUAUUCAUCUUUUAAGGCUAGUAACGGCUGGCUAAGGAAUUUUAAAUUCAGGCAUGGUGUACGCGAGUUAGAUUUGGCUGGUGAGAAGCUUUCAGCAGACUCUGCAGCAGCUGAAAAUUUUAUUGAAAAAUUUAAAACUGCAUCAGAAUCCUAUGAUCCAGAGUUUGUUUAUAAUGCCGAUGAAACUGGCCUUGUUUGGAAAGCAUUACCAAAAACCACUUUGGCUUCUAAAAGGGAAUCUAGUGCCCCUGGACAUAAGGUCAGUAAAGAACGUGUUACAGUGCUUAACUGUGCCAACUCCACUGGAAAUCAUAAACUGCCACUUUUUUUGAUAGGAAAAUCAAGAAAUCCAAGAGCAUUUAAAAACGUAAAAAUACUUCCACUCUUCUACAAAAGUCAACCCAAGGCCUGGAUGACUGCAGCUUUGUUUACCGAAUGGUAUGAUGAAGUGUUUAUUCCUGAAGUGAAAAAGCACCAAAAAUCGGUGGGAAAAGAAGGCAGUAAGGUGCUUUUAAUUGUUGAUAACGCACCCACUCAUCCUACAGCAGAACUGUUGGAAAGAGAGAAUGGGCAGUUUAAAACGACGUUUUUGCCUCCCAAUGUUACAAGUUUGCUGCAACCCAUGGACCAGUCUGUUAUUGAAACAAUGAAGCGCCAUUACAGAAGGCAACUGCUGAGAAAACUGCUGAUCGAAGGUGCUGAAGAUGAAGAAUUGGUUUUGGCAAAUCAUAGCAAAAUAAAUUUAAAGGACUGCUGUUACAUUGUAGCGGAAGCUUGGAGUUUGGUUACGCCAGUGACGCUAAGACGUGCGUGGAAUAAACUGAAAGGCCUACCGUCUGAGAAGAACAAAAAAAAAGAAUCUGAAGAAUAUGAGAAACAAGAAUAUGGAGAGGAUGAUGAUGAUGAAGAUGCGUUGUCACUAGAGGAAAUAAGAAAAAUGAUUGUUAAAAUUCCUGGCUGUACAGAAGUAAGUGCUGAAGAUGUAGGAGAGUGGAUGGCUUGUGACACGUCUGACCCUGGUUUUCAAAUUCUCAAUGACGAUGAAAUUGUUGUAAGUGUGAGAGAAGAUGUUGAAGUGGAAGUGGAAGAAGAACUUUCUGCUGAUGUUGAAGUAGACGCUGGACCAUCAGCUAGUGAAGCAUUUGCCGGUCUCGAGACUGCUUUGAAGUGGAUGGAGCGUCAGCCCGAGUGUGACCACUUGCAACUGCUCACCGUCAAGCGAAUGCGUGACCUGGCUGCCCGAAAACGGUUGAAGACCGCAAAACAGCUUACAUUGACGGAGAUGUUUAAAAAACAAUGA